AUUUCCUGGGAUGGAAGGAAGAACUGACCAAUAAAAUCCCGGUGUUGGAAUUCACUGGGACCAAUGAAAAGAGAGCAGUAGGGGAAGGGGCCGAAGGAAAAAGCGAGACUGACGGAAAAGCCGACCGGAACUCCUCCCUUUCCCUGGGUUCAUCCAAGAGACCCGCCUACAGGCCGAACUUAGCUAGACGGGUGGUUAAUGUAACCAAUACAAACCUGGUGGGACGCACUUCUUCGCCAAUGAAACACAAGCGCGGUGAGGGCGGGUUUUUCCGGAUGGGCGGUCAUAGCGGCCAAUGACACUCUGGAAGCUGACUCCCUUAGACCAAUGAAUGCUGGAGGACGUCGCGGAGGGGCGGGGCUGGACAAGUGGCAGUUGAACGGCGGAACCGGAGGCGGGUGACGCCGGCCCUCGGAGUGUUGCGGGGCAGGUGGAACAUGGCCCAGCCGGUGGGGCUGCAGGCGGACUACACCUUCCGGGGGGUGGAGCACGUGGUGCGCUUAGCUGUCAAUGGGGAGGUUCUGGAGCUCGAGGUGGAGGACAGAAUGACCACCGACCAGUGGCGGGGCGAGUUCGAUGCGGCCUUCAUCGAAGAUCUGACCCACAAGACUGGGAACUUCAAGCAGUUCAGCAUCUUCUGCAGCAUGCUGGAGUCGGCGCUCACGCAGAGCAGUGAGUCUGUCACCUUAGACCUGCUGACCUACAUGGACCUGGAAACCCUUCGGAACCGCAAGGUGGGGCCACGGCCCGGGCCCCCGGGCCCCCGCUCUGCCCAGCUCAACUCCAAGCGUUACCUCAUCUUGAUCUACUCGGUGGAGUUUGACAGGAUCCACUACCCGCUCCCCCUGCCCUACCAGGGCAAGCCCGACCCUGUGGUCCUUCAGGGCAUCAUUCGGUCCCUGAAGGAGGAGCUGGCACAGCUCCGGUCCCGGGAUGGGCGGGACGCUGAAAUCCGCCACCUUCGGGAGCAGCUGACGCGGGCGGUCACUGAGAAGAGGGAGCUGGAGGUGGCCCUGGACCGGGCCCGGGAAGAGGCCGGGAGCCGGGCCCCGACUCAUCGGGAGGUGGCCGUGCUCAAGGCCAUGGUGGCCAACCUGGAAGAAGAAUUGAGGCGAGAGCGGGGCCAGCACCACCGGACUGCCGGACGUCGGGGCCAGGAGUGCCGGCGACUGACACAGGAGCUGGAGGAGGUGAAGUCGUCGGAGCGGAGCCUGCGGGCCCGGCUGAAGUACCUGUCCAGUGAGCUGGCCCAGUACAAGCAGGGGAGGCGCACCCCGUCCUCCCGACUGUCUCCCCAGCCCCGGAAGGAGCAGCGGCGAGCGGCAUCUCAGGAGAGGGCGGCGUCCUGGGGCCGGGGCCGCCCCCGAUCCUCGUCCCAGGAGAGCGGCCGGGGCCUGACCCGCCCCUCGCCCUCCCCCCCAGGCAUCCGGGCGCCGCGCUUCGACCCCACUGCCUUUGUGAAGGCCAAAGAGCGGAAGCAGAAGGAGCUCAAGUUGAAGAACCAACAAAGGAACCGGAGGGGCCCCGGGGAAGGCUCGGGGAGCUGGGGUCGAACCCGGGUUCGUAGCGCAUGCCCAAUGUCGAGAGAGGAAGGGGCCCUCAGGGGCCGCACACGGAGCUCCUCUGUGGAGAGCUUCCGGAGCCGUCACUCGUCGCUGAGCUCCGCCAGUGAGUUUGAAGAUUUCAGCAAUCCAACUUCUCGAGGGCUUCGGAGGCAGCCCAGGCUCCGGAAGCCUCUGAGUCCCUCCUCCUGGAACGGCUCUGGGGAGAUACCCCUGCUGGACGGCGGCCACAGAAGACGCCAGACUAGCAGCACCCCGACCCCAAGGGGCCAGACCUUUGGCAAAGAAAACACAUUUGAGGAGCCGUCGGCCGACCUGUCUGAGAUCGAUGCCCGCCUGCAGGCCCUGCAGGAGUACAUGAACAGGCUGGAUACGAGGACGUGACCCCCGGGAGGCCUGGGGCCCCUUCUUCCCCAGAGCCCCCAGCAGUAGACCUGAACUUGGGGGGCUCAGCCCUGGUGCCAGGGAGUGAGGGCCAGGAGGCGUCCGUGUGUCUGUGUAUGUGUGUGUGUCUGGGAGGCGCAGGGGCUGGGGGGGCAGAGCAUGUAAAUAAAGGGGUUGGUCAGUU